AAGCGCCCCCCGUAUAGAGAUUUGACAUCUUCAAUCCGCAUUUGUUUAUCCCACGAUUCCCACCAGAGCAUUUCAAAAGUCUCAAUCGCUGAUGAUGGUAGAUUCGUUCAUCGAUGUGCUUAAAAUAAAAAUCCCAUGACGAUGGCUUCGCCGCCCACACCACCGUAUGAUCUUUGCCAAAUGAUUUCCUUAUAAAUUUAUAGUCAACUUCCAGAUUUGAGAGCAGUAGUUGAGUCUGCUGGGACACCCUCUGAGAAGGCCAUUGGGAUCAGCAGAGUUGAACACAACCCCAACAAUCAAGAUCGCUUCCUUCUUUUUUUAUAUUCAAAUGGAUGCUGCGAGGCCCCUCUUGAGCAAUAAGUUAAUCCCUUUCAACUCGCAGGAAGCGCCCAAUCGCACGAACCCAAAAGCAGAUGCAUCAUUUUCCUCUUCCCCCUCCAACUCCGGCUUCUUCUCCUUGUCUCCACAUGCAGCUCCCUAUUCGUGCGCAUGAAGAUAUGCGUAUUAUAUGGGGUUGAGCCUCUUUUAUAAUCACUUGGGCUCGAGCUCGCAUGUGGUGCUGCUUUUGGAGGGAGCAAACAGCUCACUCUUCGGUUGCUUCUUCUUCUUCCUCUUAUUCUCCUCUCUCUCUCUCUGCUCCUUGCCAAAAAACAAAAAAUUACAGACAGACAGGGGAGGGAGAGGGAGAGAGAGAGAGAAGAGCCUUGCGUUAGGAAAGGUUCGAGUUUGUAAAUUAGUUUCUGAAAGUCUUACUUCAGCUUCAGAGGGGGAUCAUGGGUCGGCAAUUGUUCGCACUUGUGGGAAUUCUCCUUUUAGAAGCAAUUCUUGGUCGUGUUGUUGCUGAUUUGGUCGAAGACAAGCAAGCUCUACUGGAUUUUCUUCAAAAUAUUCCUCAUGCACACACUCUCAAUUGGAACAAGGACUCCUCUGUUUGCCAAUCAUGGACUGGAGUGGCAUGUAACGCUGAUUCUUCAAGGGUGAUUUCCCUUCGAUUGCCUGGAAUUGGAUUCCGGGGUCCGAUACCUCCCAACACUUUGAGUCGCCUAUCUGCAAUUCAGAUUCUUUGUCUUAGACUAAACAAUAUCUCAGGUCCUUUCCCUUCUGAUUUUUCGAAUCUCAGAAACCUGACAUCUCUGUAUCUCCAGUUCAACAGCUUCUCAGGUCUGCUGCCACAGGAUUUUUCUCCUUGGAAGAACCUAGCGAUACUUGAUUUAUCGAAUAAUGGAUUCAGUGGGAGUAUCCCGUCUUCUAUGUCCAAUCUGACGCAUCUUUCAGCUUUGAAUCUAGCCAAUAAUUUGCUUUCAGGUGAAAUUCCUGACCUCGACAUUCCUAGUUUGCAAGAGCUAAAUUUAGCCAACAAUCAUCUCACUGGAAUGGUGCCUCGGUCACUUCAAAGGUUUCCAAGUGGGGCAUUUGUGGGAAACAAUCUUUCAUCAGAAAUUGCUCCUCCUUCAAUUUCCCCGGUCGAGCCACCCAAUCCUCAGCCAACAAAAAAAUCCUCUAAACUUAGUGAGUCAGCUUUACUAGGUAUUAUACUCGGUGGUUGCGUGCUCGGUUUCGUAGUAUCUGCUCUUUUAAUCAUUCUUUGCCACUCUAACCCUGAGAAAGACAAGGAGACGUCCUCCAAAAAGUCCCAGAAGAAAGAAGGAUCGUUGAAAAAGAAAGGGGCUGCCUCUGAGAACCAAGAGAAGGAUAACAAGAUUGUGUUUUCCGAGGGUUGUAAUUAUGCAUUUGACCUGGAAGACUUGUUAAGGGCAUCUGCUGAGGUGCUCGGGAAGGGCAUGUUUGGGACAACGUAUAAGGCAGCUUUAGAGGAUGCGACUACCGUGGUAGUCAAGAGAUUGAAGGAUGUUAAUGUGGCUCGAAGGGAGUUCGAGCAGCAGAUGGAGGCGGUCGGGCAAAUGAGGCACGAGAACGUCGCUCCUCUCAGGGGUUAUUACUGUUCAAAGGACGAGAAGCUGCUGAUAUAUGAUCACUACAGUCAAGGGAGCGUGUCCUCUGUAUUACAUGGCAGGGGAGGGGAAAAGAGAAUCAUUUUGGACUGGGACAGCAGAAUGCAGAUUGCAAUCGGCACAGCCAGAGGUCUCGCGUAUAUCCACAUGCAAAACAGCGGGAAAUUUAUCCAUGGAAACUUGAAGGCGUCGAAUGUUUUCUUCAACGAGCAAGGGUUCGGUUGUAUUUCGGACAUCGGUCUAGCAACAAUAAUAAACCCCAUCCCACCUACAUCCACAAGGGCUGCAGGCUACCGAGCUCCCGAAGUAAUAGACACAAGGAAGGCGUUCCAAGCAUCUGAUGUCUAUAGUUUCGGGGUCCUGUUGCUCGAGCUCCUCACGGGGAAAUCACCGCUCCAUUCGACCAGCGGCAAUGAGUCGAUCCACUUGGUUCGGUGGGUGCAAUCUGUGGUUCGGGAGGAGUGGACUGCCGAAGUUUUUGACAUGCAGCUUUUGAGGUAUCCCAACAUAGAGGAAGAGAUGGUGGAGAUGUUGAAGGUGGGUAUGGCCUGUGUGGUCCAGAGGACCGAGCAGAGACCCAAGAUGCCGGAGGUAGUAAAGCUGCUGGAGGACAUACGGCGAGGAAGUUACGCAAACCGGACGUCCUCUGAGAUUAGAUCGGAGGGGUCUGCUUCACCUGCCGUGACGUCCGCGGCAGCUGAAAUGGGACAAUCUUCUAUGCUGCAACAAUCUCAAAUUGUGGUCUCUUCGGCUGUGCAGUCCCAAGCAGAUUCUUCCUCAGCUUCACAAUCUCAAGCAGGAACUCCUGCUGCUGCCCCACAAUGACAUUUAUUAGCUUUUUCCACAGGUUGUCGUCGUAGCUUUUGUUUCCGGUUUUUGUGUCAUUCCAUUACAUGCUUCAUUUGCACAGUAGUUUAUUCUGUGAAAUAGGAUCUGAUCCUCACAAUUGUAUUCAUCUGUUUUAA